AUGAACAUUCCAUACAAACACUAACACACACCUGUCACAAAUACAUUGGCGCUCACUUUUGACGUUUCGACAACAAUUCGGUUUCAUUUUGCUGUUCGGCACAAACUAUUUGAAUUCCAUCGGUCAUCAUUUUCCCCUUGAAACCGGCGAAAAAUUACCAUUUUUCUUCAGAUUAUUUUUGCAGUUGGACACAAUAUCAUGGUCGAUAAUUUUACAGUGGGUCAUCAAGCCUUUUUGCAGGCCUGUGCCCGAUUCAGUGUGAUGACUCCAAAUCAGUAUUUGGAUAUCAUGAAAGCGGUAAAAACUAAAUAUUUCAACGAUGAAAAUGCGGCAAAUGAUGAGGAUGCGGCCGUUCGAAAAAUGGUCGACGAAAUCAAUGCCAAAUUGAUUGAACGUGAAAUUGAUCAACGGCUAAAUUUUGUACACUAUGAAUGGGAUGACGUAUGCGUGGAGUUUUUGAUCUUUUGUAACACAUUCGCAACAAUUGGUCCAUCACCAAUCGCCAAUGAAGUCGAGUGCAAUUUCAUGAAGAGUAUCAUGGAAAAAAUUUUGAUGAGCGAUACACAUUCCAUCACAAUAAUGUCGGCAAUUCAAUUGUGUUCGACAUCAUCGCAAGCCACUCAGUCACAGGCAACAUCGAAAAAAAUCACCAAACAACGGGCCGAAGAAUUGUUGGACGAAUGGGAGAAUAUCGGCUAUUUCAUGGCAACCGGCGAUAUAAUCACAUUGGGCCCAAGGGCUAUUGGUGAAUUUCGUGAUACAUAUCGAACGAAAUUUGGUGAUUUUAUACAAUGCUGUUUUCUUUGCAAUGGACUUGUGCUUCAGCCGAAAUUCUGUCCGAAUGACCAAUGCGAUGCAGUGCUGGACAAGAAAUGUUUCAACAAUUAUGUGGCAAAAAAGAAAAAGUGCCCAGCUUGCAAAACCGAUUGGAAAGAAGAUGCAUAGCACUCAUUCUCCCACAAUAAUCAUUCACAUUUCAUGAACAAAAAUAUACCAAAAUAACAUUAAAUUUAAGAAAAAUUACAUUGUUUAACUAUUACAAGUCAGAUCUGAUAAACACAGUGGCCGGCGUAUAUUUGAAACAAAAAUGUCGGAAAAAAUAAAAACAAACUCAACUAAAUAUCCUCAAA